GAUGGUUUCUCAGCCACACAAUCACAAAACAGCUGAUCAUCUACUGCCCCACGUGGCAACCCAUAAUUGGUCAGCCCACUCCACCUCAGCGCUCCACCCUCCCAAAAAAGCUCCUCUCUUUCAGAUUUUGCAGAGCCUUUGGAGCUCAACAACUAGCAGGCGAAAUGGAAGCCCUCAACGCAGUUGGAGUCAAACCGCUCCCAAUUCUCGCCAAACAAACCGACCCCAACAAAUAUCCCACCCUUUCUCCCGUCAAAAUUCAAUCUUUUCCCAGCUGCGCCACCUCGAAUCGCGCAAUCUCCACUUCAGGAGCUCUCAACGGCGGUUUAGCGCUGCUGUCUUCGUUUCUGAGCCCUAAUUUAGCUGAAGCGUUGACAUACGACGAAGCCCUGCGGCAGUCCGAUUUCGACGUCGGUGGAGCUCUCGACGGCUUGAUCCGCUUCGCGGCCGAGAAUCCCAUAAUCGCGGGCGGUGGGGCGGCGGUUGUGGCGGUGCCGGUGGCGGUUGCUUGGCUGCUGCUCGGAAAGGCGAAGCCGUGGGGAGUGGAGAGCGCGAAAACAGCCUAUGCGAAAUUGGGGGACGAUGCGAAUGCUCAGUUGCUUGAUAUAAGAUCAACGGCGGAGAUUAAGCAGGCGGGAAGCCCCAAUAUCCGAGGCCUGAAGAAGAAGCCGGUGGUAGUUUCUUACAACGCCGAUGACAAGCUAGGGUUCUUGAAGAAGUUGAAUUUGAAGUUUAAGGAGCCAGAAAAUACCACAUUGUUCGUAUUGGACAAAUUUGACGGGAGCUCUGAGCUUGUGGCGGAGCUGGUAACAUCUAACGGCUUCAAAGCUGCAUAUGCAAUAAGAGAUGGUGCAGAAGGGUCAAGAGGAUGGGUGAAUAGCGGCCUUCCUUGGAUACCUCCGACGACAAUAUUUGAUAUCAAUAAUGUGAUUGAUACUUUGGGGGAGGGUGUGCCUGUGGCCCUCGGCAUUGCUGCUGCUGCUGCUGGUCUUGGAUUAUUGGCUUUUACAGAGGCUGAAACCAUUCUCCAAGUUUUAGGUUCAGCAGCUGUUGUGCAGUUUGUGAGCAAGAAACUCCUAUUUGCAGAGGAUAGAAAGAAAACCAUCAAACAAUUUGAAGAGCUGCUAAACACCAAGGUUGCUCCAAAGGAGCUGGUGGACGAUAUCCAGCAAAUCGGGAAGGCGAUUCUACCUGAACUUAGUGAACGCAGCGUGCCUGUCGCUGCAGAGGCUACCGACGUUCCAAGGCCGCUUUCGCCAUACCCUAAUUAUCCUGAUUAUAGACCUCCAUCGUCGCCCACGCCGUCGCAACCCUAAUGCAACCACGUCUAUGUGCACUUGUUCUUUCGUUACUACAACCACAUUUGGUGUAAACUAUAACUCUAUUUAAAAUGUAGAGUAUUAAAUAGCUACGACGAUAGUUAUGUAUAAUGAUGAACGUUUAAAGUAGUCUUUGGCCUCGGUCACUAUUACGAUAUUGUUUGUUUUCGUAUUAGACUUUGCAUAAUUUAUAGCUUGUGGCUUUUUCUAAAAAAGUAUAAGUUCACAAUUGGUGUUAAGAGUUCAUAAUUUAAUUAGCAUGGGGGUACGUACCACAUGUACUUUCGUGGGAUUUUUAUAAUUGAAUUCUUUGUACGUAUUUCACUCUACAAAUUAAUACACAUUAUGUGUAUAUUUAUGUCAUCA